UCGACUGUUCCUCUGAGGAGUUAGAGCCGCCAGCUGAUCGAGAAGAUGCAAGCGAACAUUUGGACUCGAAUUUCUCACAUUUCGAAGGUGCCCUUGGCCAGGUGUCCAGGUGCAUCUGUGGGCCUCUCCACUGUGGGACAACGUCGCCAUGCAUCCCAUGAAGCUGACCUGGUGGUCAUUGGGUCAGGACCAGGGGGCUAUGUGGCUGCCAUCAAGGCUGCCCAGCUGGGCAUGAAGACUGUAUGCGUGGAGAAGAAUGCAACAUAUGGUGGCACCUGCCUAAAUGUGGGCUGCAUCCCCUCCAAGUCACUGCUCAACAAUUCCCAUUACUAUCAUAUGGCCAAAUCAAAGGAUUUUGCUGCCCGAGGCAUUGAGGUUGACAAUGUAAGGCUUAACUUGGACAAGCUGAUGGGAGCCAAAGAGAAGGCAGUGAAGGCACUCACCGGUGGCAUUGCACAUCUUUUUAAGAACAACAAGAUUGUUGGGCUCAGUGGCCAUGGCAAGAUCACAGGACCCAAUGAAGUGACUGUCCUCAAAGAAGACGGCUCUAACGACACUGUCAAGACCAAGAACAUUCUGAUUGCCACUGGCUCUGAGGUCACACCCUUCCCAGGCAUCCCCGUAGAUGAGGAGCAGAUUGUAUCCUCCACUGGUGCGCUGAAGCUCAAGAGCGUUCCUGAGAAGUUGAUUCUCAUUGGGGCUGGAGUCAUUGGCCUUGAGCUCGGAUCUGUGUGGUCGCGUCUGGGAGCCCAAGUGACAGCGGUAGAGUUCCUGGGCUCCAUUGGUGGCUUGGGCAUUGAUGCCGAGAUCUCGAAGAACUUCCAGCGAAUCCUGACCAAGCAGGGACUCAAGUUCAAGCUGAGCACGAAGGUGUUGAGUGCCAGCAAGCAAGGUGACAAGAUCAUGGUCUCCGUUGAGGGAGUCAAAAAUGGAAAGAAAGAGGAGCUUGAAUGUGACACCCUCCUAGUGUGUGUAGGACGACGACCCUACACCACCAACCUUGGCCUGGAGGAGCUUGGGAUUGAGAAAGACGAGAAGGGUCGCAUCCCUGUCAACUCUCGCUUCCAGACCAUCAUCCCCAACGUCUUUGCCAUUGGGGAUUGCAUUCAUGGCCCCAUGCUGGCCCACAAGGCAGAAGACGAGGGCAUUGUGUGUGUAGAGGGCAUUGCUGGUGGCCCUGUCCACAUCGACUACAACUGUGUACCAUCUGUUAUCUACACUCAUCCUGAGGUGGCCUGGGUUGGCAAGACAGAGGAAGACCUGAAGGCUGAGGGUGUGGAGUAUGCAGUUGGCAAGUUCCCAUUUGCAGCCAAUUCACGUGCUAAGUGUAAUGAUGACACCGAUGGCCUGGUCAAGAUCUUGGCAGACAAGCACACAGAUCGGCUGUUGGGCGCACACAUCAUUGGUCCAGGUGCAGGCGAGAUGAUCAAUGAGGCAGCAUUGGCCAUGGAGUACGGUGCCAGUUGUGAGGAUGUAGCGCGUGUAUGCCAUGCUCACCCCACCUGCUCGGAGGCCUUCCGUGAGGCUAACCUGGCUGCAUACUUUGGAAAGCCCAUCAACUUCUAAUGAAUAGGCCGUUAUUUAUAAAAGAAACGAUAAAAAAAUAACGAGAUAUAUGUAUUGUCUAUAUUUUUUCCGUGCUUUUAGUCUUGUUUAGGGAUGAGGAUCUUUGAUGCAUUUCACAAGCUAUUUGAACCCAUUCUCUCUUUCUCUUUUCUUUCUUUUACACACAUAAGUAGCACAAUCGUGAAAAAAGAGAGAAAAAUCUUGACUGGUGAUUUACUGUUAAAUUCUUUUCAGAGUAAAAUUGAUUUUUAUUUAUUUUGCAGUGAAGUUUGUUCAUACUUAAUAAAUUAUUUCUCUUUACAUGUCACUUUUUUCUUGCUGUCUUUUCUAACCCAAAGAUGUAAUGCAUCAUAUCUGUACAUAGUUGUGCAUAUGAAACUUGUCGUAUGUGGAAGAUGCAAUGUAAGUAUAUUAUACUUGGUGAGAAUUUCUCAAUUUGUAAGUAAAACACACUGUCUA